AGGAACUUAGUGGAGCAGGAAAACUUUUUGGGGGAACUUGGAGAAGUUGGUGUGAGAUCGGCGCAGCGUGAUGCAAAGCACAAACUUUUUUACGCAGAGUUGCAGUGCGUAAAAAAGCCGCGUUUGGAGACAAUGGGACUCCCCACUUUGGAGUUCAGUGACUCUUUCCUGGACAGUCCGGACUUCAGAGAGCGUCUCAAAUGCCAUGAAAUCGAGCUGGAGCGGACGAAUAAAUUCAUCAAGGACCUCAUUAAGGAUGGAAACAUGCUCAUCACUGCGCUCAAGAAUCUUUCUGCUGCUGUCCAAAAGUUCUCCCAGUCCCUUCAGGAGUUCCAGUUUGAGUGCAUAGGUGACGCAGAGACGGAUGAUGAGGUGAACAUUGCCCAGUCAUUCAAAGAGUUCUCCCAGUUGUUGAACACUGUUGAAGAAGAGAGAAGACGCUUGAUUCAGAAUGCAGAUGAUGUUUUGAUUACUCCCUUGGAAAAAUUUCGGAAGGAGCAAAUCGGUGCUGCGAAGGAGGGGAAGAAGAAGUUUGAUAAGGAAACAGAGAAAUAUUACUCCACGCUAGAGAGACACCUCAACUUGUCAUGCAAAAAGAAGGAGGCAUAUCUGCAGGAGGCCGACACGCAGAUUGAUAAGGAGAGACAACUCUUCUAUGAUGCAUCUCUUGAGUACGUUUUCAAAAUACAAGAAGUGCAAGAAAAGAAGAAAUUUGAGUUUGUUGAGCCGCUCCUGGCCUUUCUUCAGGGUUUGUUUACAUUCUACCAUGAAGGAUAUGAGCUGGCUCAUGAAUUUGAGCCGUACAAACAGCAGCUCCAGUUCAACCUACAGAACACACGGAACAACUUUGUGAGCACCAAGCAGGAAGUGGAGAAGCUGAUGAAGAGGAUAAGGUCUGCAGAUCAGGACUAUAAACCCCCCGGCCAGUGGACGAUGGAAGGCUUCCUGUACGUCCAGGAGAAACGUCCUCUCGGAUGCACUUGGAUACGUCACUACUGCACAUAUGACAAAGGCAGCAAGACCUUCUCCAUGAGUAACACUGAAACUAAAUCAUCUGGAAAACAGAAUGGCCUUGUCCUGAAUCAGCCUGAGAUGUUCAAGCUCAAGUCCUGCAUUCGGAGGAAAACGGACUCCAUCGACAAGCGUUUCUGUUUUGAUAUUGAAGUGGUGGAGAGAAAUGACAUCUAUCGUGGAACUCUUUUCAGACCACUUCAGUUUUUCUGUAAAGUCCGGCAUGGUGUUAUGACACUGCAGGCACUGUCAGAGUCCAAUAGAAGAUUGUGGCUGGAGGCCAUGGAUGGCAAGGAGCCGAUCUACAACCUUCCAGCCAUAUUAAGCAAAAAGGAAGAGACAUUUCUUAAUGAGGCAGGCUUUAACUUCAUAAGGAAAUGCAUUGACCUGGUCGAGAUGAGAGGCAUAAAUACAAUGGGGCUGUACAGGAUUGGAGGAGUCAACUCCAAAGUACAGAAGCUGAUGACCACAGUCUUCUCGUCCAAGGCACCUGUGGAUAUGGAUCUGGAUCCAGAGACGUGGGACAACAAAACUAUCACCAGCGGCCUGAAGAAUUACCUCAGAUGUCUCUCGGAGCCUCUAAUGACGUUCAAGCUCCACAAAGAUUUAAUCAUGGCUGUCAAGUCCGAUGACCAGAACUACAGGGUGUGUGCUGUUCAUGCUUUGGUUCACAAGCUGCCUGAGAGGAACAAGGAAAUGCUGGAGUUACUAAUAAAACACCUUGUCACAGUUUCUGCACAAAACCAGUACAAUCUGAUGACGGUGUCAAACCUGGGUGUCAUCUUCGGCCCCACCCUGAUGCGGUCGCAAGAGGAGACUGUGGCCGCCAUGAUGAACAUCAAAUUCCAGAACAUUGUGGUGGAGAUACUAAUUGAGAACUUCAACAAGAUCUUCCACCAGCCUCCGGACCCCAACGUGCCCCUCCCUCUACCCCAGAGCCGGCCUGGCUCUCGCCGGAGCAGAGCCAUCUGUCUGUCCACGGGGCCCAGGAAACCCCGCAGCAUCUACACCCCGACGCUGUGCCUGGCAGAUGCAGAAAGUUUUAAUGAGGGCCUUGUAUGCCUCCUCACCGGUCCCUGCAUAGGUGACACUUUCAGCAGCAGUCCCAGCAGCACCCCCAUGGGCAGCAUGGAGUCUCUGUCGUCCCAUUCCUCCGAGCAGAACGCCUCCUCCAAAACAGCCUGCUCUGGACAGAGGACAAGUCGUGACAAGUCGCUCCUGGAUGUCCGUCGGACGCCGUCACAGCUUUCAAACGGCCCCAGGAGCGCCGCAUGUGUCAGCAGUCCUGAGUCGAGCUCCAGGGAGGACACGGGACGUACAGAUGGAGAGUCAGAGGACGCUCUAAGCCUGUCCUCGGUCAGCACAACACCCAGGCUGUCUCCCGCGCCCAAAAAAGCCCCCCACUGCCGCCCUGACCUCCGGCCGUUGCUGCUGAACCGCUCCAUCGCUCCAUCUCUGAAAUCGCUGCAUAUAUCUGAAGGCCACGGGAGCUGCUCUGGAUCUGUCCAUAAUUUGUCAACACUGGAGUCCAAAGAGGGUUUAAAUCCUACUGAGCACCCGGAUCUUCCACCAAAACAAGUGAUCCGCCGCAGGAUGGACACCUCAGUCAGCAACGGCUACCAGAGACCUGGCUCAGUGGUUGCUGCCAGAGCACUGCUUUUUGAAAACGCCUCCUCUUCACAGUCUGCACCAGCUGGAAGAGACGCCAAGGCGAUGUAUUCCUGUGAGGCAGAGCACAGCCACGAGCUCAGCUUCCCCCAGGGGGCGCUCUUCUCAAACGUCUACCCCUCUGUUGAACCGGGCUGGCUCCAGGCAACAUACGAGGGAAAAACAGGGUUAAUCCCGGAGAAUUAUGUCGUCUUCCUCUAACUGGUGGUAAACGUUGCAUCUUUUUCAUGGUAUCCAUGAAAAAAAUAAUGAAUAUACAAUAGGGUUAAUUAUUGUGAUGGUCCUAUUAUUGCUGUUUUUUUUAACAUCAAAUGCAGUUUUAACAGGUAUCAAGUGAGGCAGUAACUGCUUUAAUCAAAGUGCAAACAUAUACCUCCUUUUCCAUAAUUACUCUGCAGAGUUUCAGAAGAAAUAGAUAUGGCAUUAUUAUCACAUGUAAAUAUGUCACCCAUUGACUGCACUGAUGUUCUUAGUCUCUGUAUUAGCCUACAGAAUCACAAAACAAUCAUAUCCCAUUUCACAAAUUUUAUUCCCAGAAAUAUAUUGUAUAAUCAUUUACCUUCCCAUUAUUAUAAACAUAGAGCCUUCAUCAAGUUGUUAAUUGAAUUCUAUUGUCUCAUAAACAUGUUUUUAUUAACUGUAAUUGAACAAGCUGUGAUUUAAAAUGAGGAUAGUAAUCUAAUCUAUUAGAAUCUAAUAGAGAAAAACAGCGUAAUGGGUUUGCACCUUAACUUUCAUGUUUAUGGACCAUUGUUCAUCCACUGAAUCUGCUCACUGCUGCAGCGCACUUUCUGUUAGCUCCAUGGGACUGUACUGUACAUUAAUGCUCAUAUCUUUUUUUUAACAUUUGCUCAUCAAAAAUAGUUACUUCUCAUAACUGUUUAUUACUGUUCACUGUCACAUCAAACAUAUGUCACGUGUAAAAAUGUGUUUUUAUAAUGAAAAGUACAUGAGAUGUAGCCUGAAGCUUUAAUGUGUGUGGUGGUACUGUACUCGCUGGUACACUGGUGUACUCGUAAAGACAGCUGGGUAGUGUUAUAUACCAAAGAUGCCAUUUAAUAGUUAAUUUUCUGUUUCUGUCACAACAUUAGCAAAGAAGAAAGUCCAUAAUCACAUAAUCUUCUAAAAAGUUAACUUCAAUGAUAUUUUUUUUCAGGAUAAGAUGAAAGAAAGGAAAUAAUAAUAAUAGAAAAAAAAGUUUCGCCCUUCAGUUAUUACAAACUGUAAGAUUACUCAAAUGUCGAACUUGCUCUUGAUUGUCCAAAAUAUAUUUGGGAGGGUUUUUGAGAGCCUCUCUUGUGCCAAGAUCAGGGUGUUCUUUUCCAUUUACAUCUCGAAGAAUGUGAUAUGACCUUGAACAGAAACGCUGGACAAACACUCCCUUACAGUCUGAGUUUUCUGGGGCAUAGCACGGAAAUGAUAUUCAUAUCCUGAAUGUGUAACAUCCAUUUAUAUAUUGGAAGUUUGUUCCCUUGCAGUCAUCUGCUGUAGCUUGACAGUGCAUAAACAUGUCUAUAAAUAAACAGUGUGAUUUAUUAAA